AUGCUGCGGGUGGGGCUCAGCCUGCCCGGCUCCCCCGGGGGGGCGGCCGGGGCCUUCCCCAGGGCCGAGCGGGCCGGGGCCGAGGACACGGGCACCGGGCGAGAGGCGUUUGGCUCAUCUCCAAUCACCAUCGUGGUCACAUCCGAGGCUGACACCUGGGACACCGACGCCUCCUCCUGUCCGGGCUGUGGACAGUUCGUGGACUGGGACAGGAUGCCGGACCCGCAGCGGCCGGCACAGAUCCCCCGGGACAUCCUGAGCAAGCCCCGGAAGGAGCUGAAGAAGCUGGCGAGGGAAGGCUGCUGGGCCACGAGCCACGCCCUCAGGGCUCGGCUCUACCACCAGCUCAUCCAGCAGGUGUCCUGCCGGCUCGUCACCCCCGACGCUCUGGUCUACAGGGACGUGGCGAGCCGGCUCUUCGGGAAGCCCAGCGGGAGCUCCCACCCUUUGCCCGAGUUCCUGGAGGGGUGCCCCAUGCCCACGUACUGCCUCAACCUGGAAGGGGUCACCGCCCUGAAAAGGAUCCUCAUCUGUGUGGGCAACCUCUUCCCUGACAUAACCUACAGCCCGAUCCUGCCCUCCCUGGUGGCGCUGCUGCUGCACUACAGCGAGGACGAAGCUCAGUGCUUCGAGAGCAUCUCUCGCCUCCUCGCCAGCAACGCUCCCCACACCAGCUACAUCGACCAGUCCUUCCUGGCCCACCAGGCCUCCUGCAUGACUUUUGGGGACCUGGCCAACAAGCACUGCCCAGCAGCUCACAAACUCAUAGCCGGUGCCUCCGACAACGUCUUUGAGGUCUACUCGGAGUGGUUGUCGUGGCUCUUCCACGACCUGCCCUUCGCUUACGCCGUCCGUGUCCUGGACGUGUUCCUGCUGGAGGGGCAGAAGGUCCUGUACCGCAUCGCCCUGGCCCUGCUGAAGCAGUUCAGGCUCUCGGGGAGCUCGGCCCAUCUGGAGGGCACUGACAUCAAGGCAGACCUGCAGGCUUUCGUGCAGAACAUUGCCGAGCACGUGACUGUCGACAAACUCCUGGAGAGAGCCUUUGGCAUCCGGCUGUUCUCCCGCAAGGAAAUCUGGCUGCUCCAGAUGGCCAACAGGAAGGCGUUAAUGGAGAGGGGCAUAACCAUGGUGCAGAGCAGGCAGUCCUUCCACCUGGCCGUGGACAUGCAGAACUUCAGCUCCAGCAUCGUCACGGCUCAGGAGAUGCGCCUCGUCUGGUCCUGGAUCCCCGAGCGCUUCUCCCUCUUCCCCCCUGCUGCUCUUCUCUCCACCUCCCAGGAUGGCUGCAGCCUGCAGAGGUUUUACACGUGCUGUGAGGGCUACGAACCGACCGUGCUGCUCAUCAAAACCACUGAGGGGGAGGUGUGUGGGGCGUUUCUCUCCUCUGACUGGAGUGAAAGGAAGAAGAGCGGGGCAGCAUCGGCCUUUUUUGGGACAGGAGAGUGCUUUGUGUUCACUGUGCGCCCCGAGGCAGAGAGGUACGAGUGGGUGUUCAUCAAGCAGCCGGAGCUGGCCAAGGCUGUGCCGCGCUCCCGACAGCGCUCGCCGUCCCCCUCUCCCGACCCCCGGCUCGGCUCCUCCCCGGGCAGUCCCAGCUCCAGCCGCCUCACCGUGCCCAGCACGCCCAGGAAAGGCCGCCUGUCCCCGUUCCUGGCCAUCAGGCAUUUCCUCCUGCCUUCCAAAACAGCCUCCAUGUUCAUGUCCGGCUCAAGGGACGGGAUCGUUAUGGGUGGAGGGGGAGGCCAAGCCCUGUCCCUGGACGCCAACCUGCUCUGGGGGCACACGGAGCGCUGCGAGACCUUCGACAACCCCCCGCUCUGCCAGGAGGACUUCAAGGUGCAGCUCCUGGAAGUGUGGGGCUUCCAGAGCGCGUAGGUCCCGUGGGGGACGGAGCCCCUCGUGUGCCGCCCACGGACACGGG